AUGGCGCACCUGUUCAUGACUCUGCGCGCGGUCAAUCACCGAUUGACCAACCUACCAGCCCAGCAGCUCCCUGCCAUUGCAGCUUCGCUCGCAGCCUCCAUUACAGAAUGCGGGGAGUUGCUCUCCGCCCCUCACUCCCAGAAAUCUGGGAAGGCAGACUCGGAUCAUGCGGUCCAGGUGCACAAGCUGGUGACGCGAAUCUCAAGUUUGCUGCAGGAUAGAUCGUUUGAGGGUCGGUGGGCUGCAGUCGUUCUUGUCAAGGCCCUGGUGGAAGCUGGGCAAUGGGAGAUUCUUCGUGGCAGUGAGCCUUUCGUUCGAGGUCUCAUGGGGAUCCUAAGUAAAUCCGACCCUACUUCUACCAAGACCAUGGCCGUUAUUACUUUGACUCGGAUAUUUCACCUUACCUACCAGUAUCCAACCCUAGUUCGCGAGAUAACAACACCGUCCCUCCCCGGUUUUGUUACGACUACCUUGAACAUCGUUUCUGUCAAAUCGUCGUCUGAGCCUACCCGGAAAUUGAAGCCUAACACGCCGUGCUUGGAGGUUAUCCUUCGCGCAUAUGCGGAGCUCAUAGCUAGACAUCCGACCAUCUUCCGGCCGUUUACGUCGCAGAUUCACAGUAUCCUCCAGGCAAUUGUUGGGUCAACUUCAGCGCCAUAUCAACAGCCUGUGUUGGAUGUUGCCGAACAGCUGUUUAUUGCGCUUCACCAUUGUGCUCCAAAGAACACCGGGGGAGAAGAGUGGAAGAAUGCUUGUCGUGUGACCAUAAAUUCAAUCCAUACGACUGCAAGUCAUGUUUUGAGGGCAGUUAUGGAGCAGUGGGAAUCUGUCGACCCGUCAUUGCGACAGCAAUUAAGCCAUCCCAUUGACUACGCGCUCGAGGUCGGUAGUCAUGCGCCUGACGCGUUAGGAUUAUCAAGCUGGCAAGGGCUGGACAUGGGUGUUAAACGCCUGGUUGAACUGCUGCGAAUGCUGUCGACCUUUCUCAGUACCGCCACAGCUUCUACCGUGUCGAUCCCAGUUGGCUCCGUGCUUGACUUAACUGCACGGUUGAUGUCCGUAGUCGUCCCAUCAGACGCAAGUGAUAUCCAAGCCAACCCACAAAUAAGUCGAACAGAAAGGGAAAAUCUUUUUGCAGAGCUCCCUCACGUUCAUGUGGCUUGCAUCAAAGUUCUUCGCGCCUUGAUCAAUACACUGGAAACUGCUGCCAUUCCAGUCGCUCAGACAAUUCUGGAACAAACGCUUUGGGUAUUCCGUGCGGAAAAGUUCAACAAGAAAAUUCGCACCUCAGUGUAUGGCCUGACAACUGCGUUGCUCAAGCAUAUCGGCCCGGCCAUGAACAGGAAGAAUGUAUCCUCUUUGACCGAUAUCAUUCGAACUUGUUGCUCCGAUCUCUUGCCCUCAGGGGGCGAAAUUACAAAGGAAUCCUCAGACACAAAAGGGAAAUCCAAAACGAAUUCAGGUGCCGUGAACGCGGACUUCUUCUUGAACCCUAGUCUCAAGCAAGGACGCCGAACUAACGCCCCGACAAAAUCCCCGAGACUGUCACGAGCUGCCUCCAACCUUCUCCAGGCCGUAUUAACCCAUGUUCCAAUGGAAUACCUCGCGCCACCAGUUCGCGCAGAAAUCGACCGCACCAUCAUAAUGACCUCCGACAAGAAUGCCAUGUAUGCUAGUGUUCUCAACCCCUUCCCGGCCGUGAAGGGUCGCGGAGCAAACGUCAGCAUUAUGCCCUUCCUAGCCAGGAGCUACACCUCGGAAAUGGACGUGGAAGCACUCAUACGGCCCCGGAUGCCUGUUUUGACCAAUUCAACCAACAUUGGACACUAUGUUAACAUGGAUGAGGAUGAGGAAGAAGACCUUGAACCCGCUUCUGCACCGCAAGUUGCCCACGAAGACAGCACUGAAUUCCUGAAGCCAUCUACAACGCCAAAUCUGCAAGAUCUCGUUGAUUCUAGCGCGCCUCAAAACCUCACUUCAUUUUCGAACAAACGUACCUACACAGAGGAAAAAAUGCCCCAGGAUCCUGUUACUUCUAAGCUACCGUCAACCGCAGAUGUUUCCCAGGUCAAGAAGCCCAGAUUCGACAGCAACAUCUCAACAACCUCAUUAGAACAGCCUGCUUCGGGGUUUACUACGGUUGGGGGAACUCUCCCGUCUGCGCCAACGCUGUUAUCAUCGACUCAACCUACCUCAAUACAAACUAGUACGGUCAAGGAAGAAAAGUCAACAUCCGUAUUUGACAACGCUGCCUCCAGUUCCGCAUCGAUUGUGGUGGAGCAAUCAUCUUCCAUUCCUCAAGCCGGAGCUGCAGCUGUACCGGAUGAGGAUAGCGAUGAAGAGAUGCCAACUCUGGAUAUUGAGCCGGAUACUGAUGAGGAAGACGAUGAAUAA